CGGAGGUGCUGGGAUCUGCGGGGCGCCGCCCGCCGCGUCCGUGCACCUUCCGGAUCCCAGGGGCCCCCGUGUCCCCCUCAGAGGGCGGGGCGGAGGUCCUUGGGCUUUGCGCGCCACAAGCAGUUGCCUGGCAGGGGCGAAGCGGCGCGCUGAGCGCUGAAGCGUCCCGGGAGCAGCGGGCCGAGGUCGCGCACCUCCCGAGAGGCGGCCCAGGCGCAGUCAUGCAGGAAAACCUCAGAUUUGCUUCAUCAGGAGAUGAUAUUAAAAUAUGGGAUGCUUCAUCUAUGACAUUGGUGGAUAAAUUCAACCCACACACGUCACCAUGUGGAAUCAGCUCAAUAUGUUGGAGCAGCAAUAACAAUUUUUUAGUAACAGCAUCUUCUAGUGGCGACAAAAUAGUUGUUUCAAGUUGCAAAUGUCAACCUUUUCCACUUUUAGAGCUUGCUGAAGGGCAAAAGCAGACAUGUGUCAGUUUAAAUUCUACAUCUAUGUAUUUGGUAAGCGGAGGCCUAAAUAACACUGUUAAUAUUUGGGAUUUAAAAUCAAAAAGACUUCAUCGAUCUCUUAAGGAUCAUAAAGAUGAAGUAACUUGUGUAACAUACAAUUGGAAUGAUUGCUACAUUGCUUCUGGUUCUCUUAGUGGUGAAAUUAUUUUGCACAGUGUAACCACUAAUUUAUCUAGUACUCCUUUUGGCCAUGGUAGUAACCAGUCUGUUCGGCAUUUGAAGUACUCCUUGUUUAAGAAAUUGCUACUGGGCAGUGUUUCAGAUAAUGGAAUAGUAACUCUCUGGGAUGUAAAUAGUCAGAGCCCAUACCAUAACUUUGACAGUGCACACAAAGCUCCAGCUUCAGGCAUCUGUUUUUCUCCUGUCAAUGAAUUGCUCUUUGUAACCAUAGGCUUGGAUAAAAGAAUCAUCCUCUAUGACACUUCAAGUAAGAAGCUGGUGAAAACUUUAGUGGCUGACACUCCCCUAACCGCGGUGGAUUUCAUGCCUGAUGGAGCCACUUUGGCUAUUGGAUCUUCCCGGGGGAAAAUAUAUCAAUAUGAUUUAAGAAUGUUGAAAUCACCAGUUAAAACCAUCAGUGCUCACAAGACAUCUGUGCAAUGUAUAGCAUUUCAGUACUCCACUACUCUUACUAAGUCAAGUUUAAAUAAAGGCUGUUCAAAUAAGCCCACAGCAGUGAACAAACGAAGUGUUAAUGUGAAUGCUGCUAGUGGAGGAGUUCAGAAUUCCGGAAUUGUCAGAGAAGCACCCGCCAUAUCUGUUGCCACGGUUCUACCACAACCUGUGACAUCAGUUGUGGGGAAAGGAACGGUUGCUAUUCAAGAAAAAGCAGGUUUGCCUCGAAGCAUAAACACAGACACUUUAUCUAAGGAAACAGACAGUGGAAAAAAUCAGGAUUUCUCCAGCUUUGAUGAUACCGGGAAAAGUAGUUUAGGUGACAUGUUCUCACCUAUCAGAGAUGAUGCUGUAGUUAACAAGGGAGGUGAUGAAUCCAUAGGCAAAAAAGAUGGCUUUGACUUUCUACCGCAGUUGAACUCAGUGUUUCCUCCAAGAAAAAACCCAGUAACUUCAAGUACUUCGGUAUUGCAUUCAAGUCCUCUUAACGUCUUUAUGGAAUCUCCAGGGAAAGAGGAAAAUGAAAAUCAUGAUCUGACAGCUGAGUCUAAGAAAAUAUAUAUGGGAAAACAGGAAUCUAAAGACUCCUUCAAACAGUUAUCAAAGUUGAUCACGUCUGGUGCUGAAAGUGGAAAUUUAAAUACCUCUCCAUCAUCUAACCAAACAAGAAAUUCUGAGAAAUUUGAAAAGCCAGAGAAUGAAAUUGAAGCCCAGUUGAUAUGUGAACCCCCAAUCAAUGGGUCCUCAACUCCAAAUCCAAAGAUAGCAUCUUCUGUCACUGCUGGAGUUGCCAGUUCACUCUCAGAAAAAAUAGCCGAUACCAUUGGAAAUAACCGGCAAAAUGCACCCUUGACUUCCAUUCAAAUUCGUUUUAUUCAGAACAUGAUACAGGAAACGCUGGAUGACUUUAGAGAAGCAUGCCAUAGGGACAUUGUGAAUUUGCAAGUGGAGAUGAUUAAACAGUUUCAUAUGCAACUGAAUGAAAUGCAUUCUUUGCUGGAAAGAUACUCAGUGAAUGAAGGUUUAGUGGCUGAAAUUGAAAGACUUCGAGAAGAAAACAAAAGACUACGGGCCCACUUUUGAAAUUUCAGUGUAUACCUUAAUGUUCUGUAAUUUGGGAAGUUUCUGGGAACACAGAACUGCAUAGAAUCAGUGUUGUUUUCAUGGCCUCCAGGGAAAAGAUUUUUUUUCAGGUAAAAGUAAAAGGGUGAUGGGAUUUUACACCAACCACUGUUUUCACCUUUAAAAUAUGUAUAUUUUUAUAAUAAAAAUUGUACAGUAUGUUAUCUACCCAAUAGGAAAGUCAACAGGAUCUUUAUUUUUUGAAAGCUUUAGCCAUCUACUAAGUGCCCUUUUUCAUAAGAGAAGAAAAUUGUUCAUCAGAAUUGAUUAUGUUUGUGUUUUAGUCAUCUUUUUUUAAACAUAUAUUUUUGAUUGACAGAUGGCCUUUCAAAUUUUUUGGGCUAGUUGAGAUUUAAAGUGUUUGAUAUGCCUUCUAUUUUUAUGAGAAAAUAAUUUAAAAAUGGCAGCUCGUGUUUCUAAGCGAUUACUAAUAAAGCAUAGGGUUGGCUAAUAAUUAUUUUCUUAACUUGAUGAAGUCAAGUAUGACUAUUAUUUAUUGUACAUUUAAUAAGACAUUUUUGGAAUUUUGAAUUGCACAAAUGACAUGAUAUCUUUUGCAUUUAUGUUACUAUAUUGUACAUCUGACAAAUCUUUACUCCUGGGUGGUAUUUUUCUUUUUAGAUAUCUUUACCUAUGAAAAUUGUUUAAGGGUUCAUAGGACUUGACAAGAGCUAUCUAUCUGCUGAUUAUCUAUUGUACUGUAAAAUUUCAAUCAACAUGACAACUUAUAAUGAGUGGAGAUUCCAUAUUAGAUGCUAAAUAUUACAGUACUAUUGCUUUAAUUCUUUGUGUACUGUGUAUAAUAUUUUUAUAUUAUUGGCCUUACUAUAAAAUUAUUCAGAAAGGUUGUCAAAAUAAUUUGUACCUCUUUGGCAGUAGUUAGAUGUAUACAUCUACCUACUGUAAUUAACAAUUUUAGGUUAAAUGCAAGCUUGGGAGGGCUACUGACUUGUUCACCUUCUUGUUGUCUCUUGUCCCAAAGAUUUAAACUAUGUACCUUUGUAUAGUUCUCCUCUCCCAUUUUGACUUCUGCGAUGAAAGUAUUUACCAGAAUUAAAAAAAAAAAAAAAAACCUCUAGCUUAGCUUACUAACUUUAUUGGUUUCUGAAGUGAUAGAAGUUUUUAAGCAUAUUUAAUAAGCAUAAACUUACUAAUAAUUACUUCUAAACAUAAAAACAGGAUUAUUACUUUUUCCCAGUGUGGUUUAUAGAAUACAUUUGUACUGAAGCAUAUAGGGAUGUUAAUGUGAUCUUUUCCUGACAGAUUAUGAAAGCAUUAUGACUUGUAACAAGUUUCCUUGUAUAUUACUAUCUAACAGGUUCAGAAGACAUAAAUAUUAGUGUGUUUUGCCUACAUAAUGUAUUUAAAUCUAUUAAUAUUUUCUUACUGCCUUUUUAAAAAAUAAAUGCACAUAAUGUGUAUUAAAAGAGGUGGGAUAAAAUACUUUUGGUAAUUAUAUGUAUAGAUGAAAAAUUUUUGUCAUGGAAUUUAAAAGCUAAGUAAGUAUAAAAAAUAAAAUUUUAUAAGCAAAAAAUAGGAAACCUGAAAUUGAAAUUUUGUCAUUGGCCAAAAUCAUGAGAGAUUUACUUUGCCACCUGAAAUAAAAGAAAGAAAA